GGGACGGCCAAGAAUAGCAAAGAGCACGCGAAUCUAGCCGCCCUGUAACCGAGUCUGGUGAAGGCGACCGACCGCUCCCUGCGUGGUCCGUCAAGAACCGAACGAACUGUUUAACGUAAAAUAAUUUUCGUCGCGGGACACGCGAUUAGUGAUCGUGAUCGUAUAUGGAGGCAAGAAACGGAAAACGUCGGUUUCAGCGUGUCGAAUCACGCGAAGUGAACUGAACAGUGUAGUGGCCUCGGUGAAAUAGUAGAAGAUCCAAAAACGCGGAGAAGAGAAAGAGUGAGAUAUCAAGGGGAAGAGAGAGAGAGAGAGAGAGAGAGAGAGAGAGAGAGAGAGAGAAAGAGAAGAAGAGACCGUGCGAAGUGGUUAGAAGGUUCUACGAGUGCGGUUGGUGCGUGUUUUUUCGGCGAUGUCUGUCGAGAGCCGUUCGAGCUCAGCCCUGUUUAAAAGGGCUGAACAGCUGAAACGUUGGGAACAGUCAGAGACGAAUCGUGAACCGGCCCAACCACGUCAGGUCGCGCGUAAGAUUAAGUUCUCCGCGGAUUGCGUGUUCCUGGCAGCGUGCGCGGCAGGCGACAAGGAGGAGGUUGUACGUUUACUUGAAAAGGGGGCGGAUAUCAACACCGGAAACGUUGACGGUCUCACAGCGUUACACCAGGCAUGUAUCAAUGAUGAUUUGGACAUGGUCGAAUUUUUAGUAGAAAAAGGAGCUGAUAUCAACUGUGGUGAUAAUGAAGGAUGGACACCGCUGCACGCGACUGCAUCUUGUGGACUGAUAUCUAUUGCUAAAUAUUUAAUAGAAAAAGGAUGUAAUUUGGCAGCAGUUAACAAUGAUGGUGAAUUAGCUCUCGAUAUUGCACAAAGCAAUGAGAUGGAAGAUAUGUUACAGCAACAUGUAAAUGAAGCUGGCAUAGACUGUGACCAAGCUAGAAGUGAAGAAGAGAGGUCAAUGUUAAAUGAUGCCAGAGCAUGGCGAUCAGGAGCGACAGGCAAAGACUCAAUUCAUCCUAAAUCAGGAGCUACAGCACUACAUGUUGCAGCUGCCAAGGGCUACAUUAAAGUUAUGAACAUUUUACUACAGGCUAGGUGUGAUGUUAAUUUUCAAGAUUUUGACGGUUGGACACCCUUGCAUGCUGCAGCACAUUGGGGUCAAUUGGAAGCCUGUGAACUUUUGGUAGAAAAUUUCUGUAAUAUGGACAUUAAGAACUAUGCGGAUCAAACGGCAUUUGAUAUCGCCGACGCGAAUAUAUUACAAGCUUUGGAAGAAUUGAAAGAGAAACAGAAACUUAUGAUGAAAGAUCAUCCACAAAUUAUAAACAAAAAGCAGCCAACUAUACCAAAGAAACGUGUAUCAACGAGUAACGAAAAUAUGAUAGCUAUGCAAGAAUCUGUGGAAACCUUCGAAGAAGAAACGCCAAAUAAAGUUAAAAAAGUCGAAUUAGAAAUUCAGUCUGACAAAGAAGAUUCUAGUACUGGAACAAAUAGUGAUGUUGAAGCGACACGUGAAACAGAUAUGGAAGAGAGUGAUGGUGAAGGUGAAUCUGAGACUAGCUCAGAAUCACAUUCUUCCACUUACUCCAAUCAAUCUGAUAAGUCUAACGAAUCAAACCACUCUCCAUGUCUUACAGAUGAUGAGAAGAAAAAUAGAGCGAAUAGAGAAGAAACAACCCAGAACAAUUCAUCCCCUACCGACACUAAUAAAGUUCCUAAUCAGGCUCCAAUAUUGCCUCCAAAGCAACAGAUUGAUAAUAACGAAGAAGGAGUGAUACCAUCAUGGCGACGUUCAGGCUCCUUCAGAAAUAGAAUACAAAAUACAGAAGCAACGAAUUCUUUAUCUACGAGGCUUGAAGAAAAGGACAAGAAUAUUAAGUCACCGACCAUGUCGAACAAACACAAUACCGAAUCCGAUGUGGUUUUAACUAGAACGCAUAGUUUUGAAACGGAUGAAAAGUUCUAUGAGCAGUACUUGGCAUUACGAGCUCGCAUCAAGGCGUUUUCCUGCCCUACUCUCCAUUGCUGCAACGCAGCUACUCCUACUCACACCAAUACUACGACUCGCUCUGCAUCUCUACGCGAAACCCACAGAAGAAAAGAAGCAAAAUUAAACUUGGAACUGUCAAGACUGCCACAGGGAAGCAAUACACUUUCACCAACAUCCACAUCUAAAACAAUAGUGUCAAGUACACUGCCAACUACUACAGCCACAGCUACUACAACUGCCACAACAACAACUACAACAACAAGUCCUAUUCCAGCCAAUCAAGUGCGCAGUGUUCAACCAGUGGAAGCUACAACCACAAUUCUAUCGAGUGCAAACAAUUCAGUAGCAGUUCCUGGAACUCCCACUACACCAGGGGGGAGCAAGCUAAGUCCAGGAAAUAUCUUCAAGAAUUUCUUCAAAUCCUUCGUCCCACCUGUUCGAGAUGAAGAAAGUGAAACGCAAAGAAAGGCACAUGCAAAGAGAGUAAGAGAAACUCGACGCUCGACUCAGGGUGUGACUUUAGACGAAAUCAAAAGUGCAGAACAGUUGGUGAAGAAAAAGCAGCAAAACAAUGAAACCCCUUCUACGAUAUCGUCAACGCAGCCAACAACCACUACCGGCAAUACAGCCUCGAUUACAGCUACAAUAACAACAGCAACUCCUACUACAGUGACUGCAAACAAACCCUCCGAGGAACUUAACUUACCCGACAGACGGCCUUCUUGGAGGCUGAAAGUUGAUAAUGGAAGCAAGUUUCAGUUAGAAGAUGCUAAUAACAGGACCUCCGCCCUACCUAAUACAGAUACUACCACAGCGUAUAUGAGAAGACCUUCCGCAGGCUCGAGUGUACCUAGACCGUCGUCAGCUCCUGUCGAAACAAUUGCAACUAGUAGUGCAGAAACAACUGUAACAUUACCACUUAGACGAUCAUUAAAACAACCCGAAGACAAGGAACAAGAUAAAGAAAAUGACAGCAGAAAUGCACAAGCCACACAAGCCGUCAUACAAAGGAGACGAAGGCCUAAAAGAAGGUCUACAGGCGUUGUUCAUGUUGAUAUGGACGAAAUUGAUCCUGAAAAGCAAGACUUAACUGCUGGUGGUGAUUGUGAUGAAUCUAAAAUCAAUCAUAACGAGAGUGGGAAUGAUCGUUCUGGAAGAUCCAACAGGCUAGGCUCCAUAUCAUCGUUAUCAUCGGAAGCACCCUCUAUGUCGGCCAGAAUAAAAUCUACAACUUCUGAGAAUGGCGAACUAGAUUACAAAAAAUUGUACGAAGAAUCUCAAGCGGAAAAUGAGAGGCUCAAAGAAAAACUGAGGCGGUCGGAUGAACAAUUAAAGGAAGCUAGAAAUUCAUUGGACAAAGCACAAAGUGCUCAAAAUAAAACAGUUCUGUCCGAAGCUGAAAAAAGGGAAAGGAGAGCGAUGGAAAGGAAACUGUCGGAAAUGGAAGAAGAAUUGAAGCAAUUACAAAAGCUCAAAGCUGAAAAUGAGAGAUUGAAAGCCGAAAAUCGGGCACUUACCCGCGUCGUAUCCAAACUCACCAAUACUACUAAAUAG